UGUGUGUGUGUAAUCUGUGGGACACUUGUCUGUGGAUUCCUUUGAACUGGAGGAGGCAGGAGAAAUGUGUGUGUUCUUGUGUUGUUGAGAGCGACUGUGAAUGUUGGUGUGUGUUUGCAUUGAUCUGAAAUGGACCGUUGGAGCCUCAAGAGGUCUGUGACGGAGCGGGACUCAGAGCGGGGUGAAGCAGCACAUGCCAACGUCCCGUUGAGAUGUGUUUGAGAGGUCGUGCUGCCGCUGCUGAUGCUCUAAAGCGUCGAUCUGUAAAAUGAUUAAAUGUGUUUGUGCGUGAGACUCGCCGCUAGUUUCAGAACUCCAGUCCUGAGAGACGUGAAGAACGGCCUUGAGAGGAGCGGCGGGCAGAAGUGGAGACGGUAGCGGUUAUUGGGUGACUUCGGCCGUCGUGUUGAAGGGCACAAAUACCCGGUAUACGCCCCGUCCGCCAGCACUGCCGAUUAUAACCGUGAUUCACCGGGUUACCCCUCAUCUAAAGCACCGGGCAGCAGCUUUCCCACUUCUUUCUUUAUGCCAGACGGGCAUCACAGUACAGAUCCAUGGAGUUCGUCCGGCAGUAUGAAUCAACACGGUUACAACAGCAUGCUGGGAAACUCCACACACGGUGCGCAAAACAGCAGUUACUGUGGCAUUCACCCGCACGACAGACUUAGUUACCCAUCUCACUCGUCAGCUGAGAUUAAUCCCAGUCUUCCUCCCAUGUCCAGUUUCCAUCGCAGUGGUGGGACGAAUCAUUACAGCGCGGCAUCCUGCUCCGCCACGACUAACGGGACGGACAGCGUCAUGGCCAAUCGAGCGCCGAGCGGAGCAGCGAGCAGUUCGCAGACGGGAGACGCGUUAGGAAAAGCUCUGGCUUCAAUCUAUUCCCCCGACCACACCAAUAACAGCUUCUCAUCAAACCCCUCCACACCUGUGGGAUCCCCCCCCUCGCUCACAGCGGCUAGUUCGGCCGUUUGGUCGAGAAACGGUCAGGGAGCGUCAUCUCCGGGUUACGAGCCGCCGCCGCUGCACUCGCUGCAGAGUCGUAUCGAAGACAGGUUGGAGCGAUUGGACGACGCGAUUCACGUGUUGCGCAGUCAUGCUGUUGGUCCGUCCACAGCGAUGCCCGGCUCCCACGGCGACAUGCACGGACUGAUCACUCCCUCACACUCUCAGAACGGGGCGAUGAGCGGCUUGAGCAGUGGGUACAGCUCAGCACUGCUGCCCGGCAACAGACACUCACUCAUGGUGGGCGCUCAUCGGGAGGAUGGCGUUGGUUUAAGGAGCGGUCACUCCAUCGUGGCCAGUCAGGUUCCAGGAACGCAACUUCCCGCGCAGUCGUCCGCUUCCCCCGACCUGAGCCAGCCCGACCCGUACAGGGCUCUCUCGGCGGGUCUGCAGGGUCAGAGCAUCUCAUCCGUGAGUUCGGAGAUUAAAUCGGAAGAUGAAGGCGAUGAGAAUCUGCAGGACAGUAAAUCUCUGGACGCGAAGAAAGAGGACAUGGACAGCAAGGAUCUGAAAUCAUUAGAGAGGUCAAGAUCUAGUAACAAUGACGAUGAGGAUUUGACCCCGGAACAGAAGCUUGAGCGCGAGAAAGAGCGACGGAUGGCGAAUAAUGCUCGUGAGCGUCUGCGUGUCCGGGACAUCAACGAGGCAUUUAAGGAGCUCGGCCGCAUGGUGCAACUGCACCUGAAGAGCGACAAACCGCAGACCAAACUGCUGAUACUGCACCAGGCCGUCGCAGUCAUCCUGAGUCUGGAGCAACAGGUCAGAGAGCGGAACCUCAAUCCAAAAGCGGCGUGUUUGAAGAGACGGGAAGAGGAGAAGGUGUCGUCGGACGGCCCUGCGCUCUCAUUGGCUGGCGCCCACCAUGGCAUGGGCGAGGCGUCCAAUCCCAUGGGACAAAUGUCGAAGCUGCCAGAAUUCAUCAAAAUGAUGAGCGAUCACUUCCUUUGACAACGCCAUCUGUGCCCCUGAACGCCAGUCAAACAAUCAAUGAAUCAAUCAAACCUCCAUCCGAAUGACCAACCCCCUCCGUGUUCCUUUAAACGAACGUGGGACCGGCGUGCAUCUCUCCCUCUAAGCAUUCCCUGUUAAAAAAAACGAGACGUUUUGGCGUGCACGACGUAUUGGAAACGUGCCGACGGAACGGGGGGGGUUCUUCAAACAUAUCAUGAUGUUGUCACAACAGCGUUUGGAGGAGUUUAAUGGCAAUCUCGUCCACACCGUGGAACUUUUGGUGCCUCAUGGAAUUCCACACGGAAGUCUAAACGGAAGAAGAGAUUAUGACAUUUUGAAUCAGCCCGUAUAGAGAUCGGAUCGAGAGAGAGAGAGAGAGAGAGAGAGAGAGAGAGAGGCUUUUAGUCAACAACAGUAUUCAUAAGUUGGUCAAGCCUUUGCAAUAAUGAUUUUUGUGUUGUACCAUCCAGUCAAAUCUGUUGUGAAAACCAGCAGACAAUAAAAGUUUGAGGCCGUUCCUUCACCCGGGUAGAACAAGUCUGGGCUCGUCUAUGAACACCUGACUGUCAGUCAAGACCCUAAGGUCACUUAAUAGGGAGUGAGGUAGCCAGCACCCCUCAAGCUAACAUUCGGAAGCCCCAGCUGGUCUAUAUGUUUGUUUCCUGCCCAUCGGCUCUCCUAAACCCCUUCCACACCCUGACGAUGCAAUUUACACACAACUACAAACUACACUUCAACCGAUGUGCCUUUUAGAGCUCGUGUCAUCACAACAACCGAGGAGAACGUUAGCAGAACUUUCUAGGUUGCAAGCUUAGGAAAGUAGGGGUCUAUGCAGUCAGCCUUUUUAUGGCCUGGAAUUUAAAAAAACAACAAAAAAAAACAAGUAAAAAGGGAAAAAAAGUAUUUUUUUGGAUAAACUGUAUUUAAUGUACUGUAUGCCUAUAUGUAAUUAGAAGGUGUGUCCAGCCUCUCGUGGCCCCACCCAAAGCCCCGCCCACCUCUACAAGCCGCCACCUGUUAUGACCAUAGACUGUAAAAAAAGAUGGCCGACGCCCCUUCGCUCUUUUCCAUUGGUGAGAAUUGAAGCCGCCAGUGUCCCGAUAUGGCGCUGACAUCUUGGGACUUGAGUCUGCGCAGUUGCGAUUUCAGGACCAGACCUGCGCAGUAGUGAGCAGGAAGUAAAGCCACGAAAUCAAGGCCCCGCCCUCACUCUCGCCGAAUCAAUCGCAAGCACAAGCCCCUUUUGACUUUUGACUUAUGACGGUGUGAAAUAAUUAAUUAUAGAAAUGUAGAUAUUAAAUUUAAAGCUCCAAUCUCCUCAGUCCUCCGAAGAUCCCGAAAAAAAGUCAGUUGGUGCUUCAGUGACUACUUCGCUCAGAGAACUUGUCAAUCACAGCUGUCAAUCAUGAUGUCACAGCAGCGUUUUUAUAGCAUCAAAUAACUAAAAACAAACUUAUUUUGAAAACAAACACUUGAAAUGACAUCAACGUGAUAGAAACGACAGUAAAUGACAGAAACUAUCUUUGGAAAAAAGAUAUGUGAAGUGUAAUUUAAUUGUUUAGUUGGUCUCAUGUCCCGUUGAAUAACAUGGGGAGGCGGGGCUUAUGACCUAUACUAGGACCAGCCACCGGGGGGCGAUCGAGACGUUUUGGCUUCACUUUUGAGGGCUUGUGCGGCACACUUGGUAACAACGCGUUAUUGAGCAUUGUAUUAUAGCUAUCAGCUUUUCUGGCUUGUUGUUGAGCCGCUGUAGUCGUCAGUACAUAUGUGUGGUUAUACGUGUAAAAAACAAAAUGGCUUUUUCUCCUUUUAUUAUCUCUCUUAUUCUUUGUCUGUACUGGUUUCUCUGUCAAAAAAAAACCUACGGAAAAAAAUAACGAAGAAGCCGCACAAGGAUCAGCGGUGGUGUUAUCGACGCAAUCAACGAGAGGCACUGAAACUGGACACGCACACACAACAAAACAAAACAAAACAAAACAAAACAAAUGUCUAUUGUGAAAUGGACACUUAUAUAAAUGUAGAAAUAUAUACAGAAUAUAAAGAGAGUUGUCGAUCGCAUUCGAUCGAAAGUACGCGAGGAGUUUUCUUUCUUGCCGUGAGGCUUGAGCGGUGAUGUCAUAACGGCUCUCUUGACGUGACUAUGUUGUGACUGUUGUCAUGACGUCAUCACGAUUCUACGACCGUCGCCCACGGGACCGUCACCCGCUCUCGCCGGCAAGAGAAACACGGACAUUUGUAAAUUGUACGCAACCAAUGCAAACUCACCAUUAUUUUGAAACUGUGUAUGUAAAAGUUAUAUUUUUACAUGUAGGCUGUUGUUAUUUUGUGUUUAGAAAAUUGUAUCCGUUUAUCAUUUCUUCUUUGUUAUAUAAGGCGGGAAAAUAAUUGUGUGUUGAAACGUGUCACAUUAACAAUGUAGUGAGGUCAAAAGCAACGACGACAUUAAAAAAAAAGAUGAUUAUGUUUAUAUUUCUGGGAACGUUUUUUUCGUUUAUCAGAUGUGCGGAUGUGGGUGCGGGUGGGGGUCAAGGGUCAAAGCUUAUGGGAAUAUUCAUUUAAUCAUUGCAUUGUCAUUUUUAUUGUAUUUUUGUGUAAAUAGGAGUGACGGGAUGUUUUUACUGGCGUAUGCUAAUUACGUGGAUAAAUCCCAUGAUGCACCUGGGUGAAUACGUAAUUAACGUUAAUGUACGUCAACAAUCAGAUUUGCAUUUCGGCUAUCACGUUUGUAAAAAGACGAGUGACACUAGUUUGUCUGUGGAAGAACUGACGCAACUUAUUUAGUGGCGAUUUUUUCAAAACGACGGCAAAAUUGUGCCACGCAUUCGCCACGUGCUCUCAAAAUGGCAAUUUAUUUUAUUUUAUUUUUUUAUUUUUUAUUUUUUAUUUUUUUUUGGGUUGUUGCAGGUCCAAAUUGCUUUGUCAUAAAGCUUAUCAAAAACACUCCAAGUAUUUCAAAGUGUCGUGCAUCUGUACUUUUGCUUCACACAUGAUCGUGUUCUUGUCUUUCAGUAAAUUCGCAACAUCUGAAGUUGUAUUUUGCCAGUGCUAACGAUGUUUGACUAAUUCUCUCCUUGUGCCAUCAUGUUGUAGUAGCCGAUUUAAUUACGAUGAUUGCUGUGGAAAAAGAUGCUGUUUUCCUAUUGGUUGUUCAUAAUGUACAUACUUGUUAUUGCUUUAUUAUCUGAUUUUUAUUAUUAUUAUUAUUAUUUUUGAACUGUAAGCGAUCUCAUCGUCAGAAUUAAACCCUGGGCAGUGUUCUCGAAAACUCUCGAGGUUUGUGACAUAAAGAUUAUUUGACGCAAACUGAAAUGUUUACGUGGUUCUUUGCUAAUUUAUGAAAGUAUUCAUCAUGCACAAGAGGUUUGUUUGCUUGGGUGGUCUAGUGCAUUAUGUCAUCAGUUUGUUUGUUUUGGAGAACUAUAUUUUCUCUGUGGCACUCCAGUGUGAUUUUAAUAAAGAGAGACAUUCU